AUGUGGACCCUCUCACUGUCUCCAGUACUGGGGUCAGCCCGAGCCCAUACCACAGAGGCUACCGGGACAACCAGAGGUGGCCAUCUGCGGUGGAAACCCCACUGCCAGCAGUCCUUGCCCAAUGGAGCACCUGUCACUGCAAUCCUACCUCCACACCUCGACGGGCCCUGGAUCUCCACUGGCUGCGAGGUGCGCCCAGGACCAGAGUUCCUCACCCGCUUCUACACCUUCUACCCCAACCGCCUCUUCCGAGCCUACCAAUUCUACUACGGGGACCCUUUCUGCCAGGAACCUGCCCACUCGCUGCUCAUCAAGGGCAAAAUUCGCCUGCGCCGGGCCUCCUGGGUCACCCAGGGUGCCACUGAGGCUGACUACCACCUGCACAAGGUGGGCAUCGUCUUCCACAGCCGCCAUGCCCUGCUCGAUGUCAGCGGGCGUCUCAACCUGACCCAGGCUGGCCAGGACUGCGCCCAGCGUCUGCCCCCAACCCGGGCCUGGCUGCCUGGGGCGCUAUAUGAGCUGCUGAGUGCCCGGGCCCAGGGGGACUGCAUGGAGGCACUGGGCUUCACCAUGCAUGAGCUAAGCCUGGUUCGUGUGCAGCGCCACCUGCAGCCCCAGCCCGGGGCCGCACCAUGGCUGGUGGAGGAGCUGUACCUAGGGGACAUCCACACCGACCAGGCAGAGAGGCGACACUACCGGCCCACCGGCUACCAGCGCCCAUUGCAGAGCGCCCUGCACCACUCCCGACCCUGCCCGGCCUGCGUCCUCAUCGCGAGCUCCAACGAGCACCGGCCGCCUGUGCUGCACCCCCGGCCGAGCCUGCCGCUGCGCCUGGGCGGCUGCUGGGCCAGCACACGCUGCGAGGUGCGCCCGGCCGUGCUCUUCCUCACCCGGCUCUUCACCUUCCACGGGCACAGCCGCUCCUGGGAGGGCAUUUACCGGCACUUCUCGGACCCUGCCUGCCGGCAGCCCACCUUCACCGUGCACGCAGCUGGCCGCUACAGCAGGGGCACGCCCUCCGCCAGGGUGCCCGGCGGCACCGAGCUAGUGUUCCAGGUCACGGAGGCCCACGUGACCCCCAUGGACCAGGCGACCACGGCCAUGCUCAACUUCUCUGAGCCAAGCAGCUGCGGGGGCCCAGGGGCCUGGUCGGUGGGCACCGAGCGGGAUGUCACAGCCACCAACGGGUGCCUGGCACUGGGCAUCAGGCUCCCGCACGUGGAGUACGAGCUUUUCAAGAUGGAGCAAGACCCUCAAGGGCAAAGUCUACUCUUCAUCGGACAAAGGCCCACCGACGGGUCAAGUCCCGACACCCCGGAGAAGCGCCCCACCUCCUACCAAGCGCCCCUGGUGUUCUGUGGCGGGGAGGCCGGCAACCUCUCCAGGCCCCUGCAACGCAGGCCUCCGCUGCAGAAACCCCCCAGAGGUGGAGGCCCCUGUCCACCUGUAGCCCCUCUCCCCUUUCUGCUCCUAGUUCUAGGGCUGGCCUUCCUCUGGUGGCUAUGA